CUAUUGACUAUGUACCGAAAAAGAAAAAAAGGAAUAAGAAUAAAGGCCUAGGCGCAUGGCCUAAUUUGCAAAUAUAUGACGCGCCUAGCAAGAUUGGCUUUGGCCAUUUUCGCACUCGCUGUUCCAGCACUGGCUAAGGAAGUCGACAUCUUGAGUCUGCAGGACGGCGACGAAGUGCCCGGCAGAUACAUCGUGAGCCUCAAGCCCGACAUCGAUAUCGCGAACCACUUAGACUGGGUGCUCAACGUGCGCAAACGGAGCCUCUCCCCCUGCAGCACUCGCGGUCCCGAGAAGACGUAUGGGUUUAAGGGCUUCAACGGGUACGCGGGCGAGUUCGACGAGAAGACCAUCGCGCAGAUCAGGGCUAAUGAGAAUGUCCUGGCCGUAGAACCCGACAGAGUCGCGCGUCUGACGUCCGUAACGAAGCAGACCAAUGCGCCGUGGGGCAUUGCAAGUCUAUCUUCGCGAUCGCGACUUGCUAAUGGCACUUCACGGGGCUACACGUAUUCUUAUAGCGACUGCGCGGGGACUGGGACGUAUGCCUACGUGCUAGACUCGGGAGUCCUAACCAACAACACCGAGUUCGGGGGCCGCGCCAUUAAAGGCUAUAACACAUAUAUGGACAAGGAGUCCUUCGACGACCACUUCGGCCACGGGACCCAUGUUGCUGGCACAAUUGCUUCAAAUACCUAUGGUGUAGCGAAGAAUGCGACUAUUGUAGACGUUAAGGUUGUCAGAGGGCCAGGUUACUCGACAGUAUCCCACGUUAUCGACGGGAUAAACUGGGCCGUGAACAACAUCACCUCGACGCCGGGACGAGCCAGCAAGUCUGUCAUCAACAUGAGUCUAGCGUUCACAACCUCAUCAGCCCUCAACAACGCUGUCAACGCUGCCUCUUUUCUAGGCAUACUCUCCGUCGUUAGCGCAGGCAAUGACGGCGCCGAUGCCUCGACACGUUCUCCCGCCUCGGCCUCGUCCGCCUUGACGGUAGGUGCCGUGGCUUGGGAUCGGACCCGAGCUUCGUGGAGCAAUUUUGGGCGUGACGUCGACAUAUUCGCUCCUGGAGUCAACAUACCCUCGUUGUGGAACGUGGAGGGCCAAGAGACCCUUCAGUCUGGUACCUCCAUGGCGUCGCCGCACGUCGCGGGGCUUGCGUUAUACCUCAAAACGCUCGAAGCGGGACUAGAUUCGCCUGCCAAGACGGUUGCCCGCAUCAAGGAGUUGGCUAUCGCGGAUGUCGUUAUUGAUGCGGGGAGCGGCAGCCCGAACUUACUGGCUUAUAACGGCAUUGCGUGAUGUACUAUAUAGAAUGCUAAUGUCGUGGGAACGACGGGUUACGGAUUGCACGCAUACGUAUCAUAGACUAUGUG